GAUGAAAUAAUAAGAAGCAUUCUUUUAAAAUGAUUCAUGUUAGAUUCAAAAAGAUGAAACAAAUGGUAUUCUUGAAAUAGAGAAUGAUCAACCAUUUAAACCGCAUUAUGGAAACAACUUUAUGUUUAAAUUUUCAGAUGGUCAACCAUAAAUAACGAUAGGUCCUCAUUGUAUUUCAUUUUGAUAUAUGUAGGGCCUUUGAGUCUUUGUGUGAUAUUUACUAUUAUAGUAGGUACAUAUUUUAUUAGUACUACUAUUUACCUUAAAUCUGGAAUUUGGUAUAGUUUAGCAUCCAUAUUGAGUGGCUUAAUAUUGGAAAUAAGUUUUCUUAGAGUUUUUCUAAAAAAUCCUGGAGUCAAUUUCACAUUAACUGAAGUAACUAGAAAUGAGAGUAUUGAUUUUAUAUAAUCAAGAAUCAUGCUAACCAUGUAAACUCAAAAAAGAAUAAGGAACCUAUCAUUGUUAUGAAUGCGAUAUUUGCGUUAGAGGUUAUGAUCAUCAUUGUCCUUGGGUAGGAAAAUGCAUUGGCGAAGGUAAUAUAAUGGAAUUUUAAUUGUUUCUGCUUUCAUUUCUACUAUUUUUUGUUUGCAAUAUAUUUUUAGUAUUGAUUUGA